AGGUUUCCGAAGUUCAUAUUAUGCAAACCAAAACUCCCUUCCACGGUUCCACCACAAUUGAAGGAGAAUUUUCUGGGUUUUGUCUUCCUCCACUUGAAACAUAUCCCAUCUUUUCUGUUUCAUUUUGCUUAUUUAAUUAUAGUUUAAUUUUAUAGAACUUGAGUUAGCUAGUGUGUUCGUUUAGAGAGAGACAGAGAUAGAAGCAAGAACAAGAGCUAGUUGAGUUGGGAAAGAAACAAAUUUAGAGCUAGCUCUAGUUUUAGUUUGGGAGAAAGACAAACUAGUCACCAAAAUUCUCUUUCCUUUUUAUCUUUAUCUUCCUUAAAUCUAUGUCAACUAUCACAGGCAGUGGUGUUGGGAGUUUCUCUUCAGGAAAUACUACCAGUGCAGAAGCAGAAGUACUUCAACAACAGCAAAAACAGCUACUGAAUCACUUUCAUGGCUCCAAUUCUCUUCAGGAAAUCACAAUCAAUGGUACUUCUGCAACCCAACAACAGCAACCACCACCAGCUAGGAAGAAAAGAAACCUACCAGGAACUCCAGAUCCAAGUGCUGAAGUGAUAGCCUUGUCACCAAAGACCCUGAUGGCAACGAACCGGUUCGUAUGCGAAAUUUGCAAGAAAGGGUUCCAAAGGGACCAAAACCUUCAAUUGCACCGAAGAGGCCACAACUUGCCAUGGAAGCUUAAACAAAGAUCAAGCACUGAAAUCCGAAAGCGGGUAUAUGUUUGCCCCGAGCCCUCCUGUGUCCACCACGAACCCUCCCGGGCACUGGGAGAUCUGACGGGAAUCAAGAAGCACUUUUACCGGAAGCACGGUGAAAAAAAGUGGAAAUGUGACAAGUGCUCGAAGAAGUAUGCAGUGCAAUCGGACUGGAAAGCUCAUUCUAAGAUCUGUGGUACUAAGGAAUACAAAUGUGACUGUGGAACCGUCUUUUCCAGAAGAGACAGCUUUAUCACCCACAGAGCUUUCUGUGAUGCCAUAGCUGAAGAUACCAAGACAUCAGUACAAGGGCAAGGAGUACUAAUGUCCACCAACAUGGGACAGCAGGACUUACAAGAGGGCUGCCAACUAGUGUCCGGCGGCGAGCUCAUGAUCCCGGCCUCAAUGCCGAUGAGCAAUGCCGUAACAGCUACCACAAACCCAUCAACAAGUAGCAAGGCAUAUAAUAUCUUUGAUCAAUUCGACACCAAAAACCCUAAUUUGACCCUAGUGCAGCAAGGAGUGCCCUCAAACAUGUUGUCAUCACCAAAACGCGGCCUGAACAACAACUCAUUGUCACCAUCGAUAUCAUCCAGUAGUCCACUGUUUCAUAAUCCCCAUGGGCACAAAGUACUACUCCCCAGUUCAAUCUCCGGCCACUUGUCUGCGACCGAGUUGCUCCAGAAAGCUUCUCAAAUGGGUGCAACAAUGAGUAACAAUAAUUCUAGUGGCAUGAGCAUGGCACCCUCAAUGUAUGGUGACUUUUCUAGGUACGUGAAUAACCAGUUCAUGCAGCACAAAGAUGGUAACAACAUUCCUGCACAAGAAACCUCGUCGCAGUUUUUUGGUUCUAGUAAUGGGAAUAUGGGAAUGUUUAGUGGGCUAUUAUUUGAUCAGAGCAAUCCGGUGCUGAUGAAGAACAUGGAGCAAAGCGUUAAAGGAAGGAAUAAUAAUAACAAUAAUAUUACUAGCAAUGGUUUCAGCUUGCCUGGUAAAAAUGUCGGUAGCGGCGGAGAUACGAUGACAGUAGACUUUCUGGGGAUUGGAGGAGGAGGAGGAGGAGGAGGAGGGGGAGGGGGAGGGGGAGAAGGUAAUAAACCAGAAAGUUUUCAUGUUCAUCAACAACGACAAGUACCACAUGAUGAACAACAGCGACAAGAUAAGCAGGAAGAUAAUGAUCAAUUGGAAUUUGGUUGGAGCUGGGGUUAAUGAACUAUCGAUCGCCUUUAAUUUCAUAAGAAUAUAUGAAAGGUAGUUUGGCUGGAUGAUGCAUCAGUUUCAACAUGCAUGGCGGAUGGCGCUAAAAAUGGAAAAGCCUCCUCUCAUGGAGCAAGAGAUCGGGUGCUAGUUUUUCUACUGACUAGCGAAGCUAGCUAGCUAGUGUUAAUUUCACUACUGUUGGAUGAUUCUUCUUUAUAAUUUCAUGGCCAACCAAAAACUUAUGAGUC